CAUGACUUUUCCCCCAGAGCUGCGCCUGAAAAUGCGACGUGCAUCAUCCUGCGAUAGUAAAUGUUAUGUGAGCCAGUGUGUGAGGCAUGCGAUGCUGUUGCUGUUGGCCGUGUGCAUUGAACAGUGAGAUUUAUCAUGCAACGCCUUGAGGUAUCUCACCGGUCAGCUGCAGGAUUGCAUGUCAAAAUUAGAUUUUUACAUAUUUUGUAAGUUAUGUUUGAUAUGCAUCUACACAAAGCUAAAUAUCUUAUGUGAAACAGCAGACGUGAUAUUGGUCGAUGCAUGUCUUACUAAUUUAAGCAUUUAAGGGCCAACUAGGUUUAUGAUUGAAAACUGUUACCAAGAGGGCUGCAGUGACAAGCCCCCCAAGUAACCGGGGGGACUGACCCCAUUCACGGGGAGCACGUGCGCUGUCUCAUUAUAUUACAGUAAAGAGACUCCUUGGACUGGAACGCAGAUGAGUGAAGUAAACAGUCAUCGAGUAUAAAUCUAAUGAAAUAAUGUUCAGCAAGACAAAACACCAAAUUAAUAUGUCGUUAAUGUUUUUUUUUUAAUUACCACUUUCAUAUUUGCAUAUCAAAAGGAGUUUCUCAUUCUUUCCGAGCACAAGGCCCGGCUAUUAAACGUUUCUCAUGUCGGCGCCCUGGGGGUGGCGGGGGAGCUAAUCCUCGUUUCAUCUGUAUGUUUCGCCAAUUUUCCCGGACGCCGAUCAGGUUCGCGUCUGUGCGGCGGCCCAUUGGCGUUUCCCUGCUGCAGUCCAUCUCCUAUCUGAACCCGCACUGGCCGAGAAGCCCGGAAUUAGACCUGCGUCUGCAGUCAAUACAAUAUCAUUGUUUCAAUGGCGUUGCGUUUUGCACAUGCAUCCUGGAAUACUGAUGCACCUAUUUAUGAGGAACUUUUAAAACGGUUGGGUGCAGUAUUCUCUGUGCUUUCAAUUCGGAACAAGUCAGAAGAAGCAUUUCUAUUUUAAUAUACGAGGUGCCGUUAUAAUUUGUUGUUUUCUUGUGCAAUUUUGAGGUCUAGCGAAGACUCUAAACCUAAUAAUGUGGAUGUUUUUGUGGGCUGUUCAGUACCCUGGGGAGUAUAUCCUGUUUGUCCUCUCCUGUCUGUCUCUGUGCCAGGAAGUCAUUCUCUUUCUUUCUCUCCUUCUCUUCAUAUCUUUUUCUCAUUCCUAGACCCCGUUCCCUGGGUAUUGUGUGUUGAUAUUUAUGAUUUUUAAAUAUUUUGUUUCCUGUUGGCGACGCGCGGCACCUAAACUUGCUGCGCGUUUGAUCCAGACAAAUAAUCUCUUGCGGUGGAGACUAAAUAAAAUGCACCUUGUUCUGUUCGACGUCGCGCGUACAGACGUUUUACAACCUUGUGCUUUACUUAACAUGUCACUUUGUGAUAUCACUGUAUGCUAUGCACACUGUGAUUUUUUUUUCUUAAUUUCCAGGGGUCGGCAUUCGCGUACCCCGUAUUCGAAAUGCAUUGUUUCGUUCCUUCCCAGUUGUUCUCGAAUGUGAAAAUGUCAAAGUCCCAGACUGUGUGUCGCCAGCCAGACUUGCGUCAUUAACUGGACCAGUCACUGCACACUCAGGAUCGAAAUGUAUCCAUCCGCAGUGAGCGGACGGGCCCCGCGGAGAUCGAUAUUCCCGGCGGUCUGGUUCCCGGGAGCCGAGGAAAGCGCUUCUGCUGCAGCCGGCAUGAGCGCGGCAGCGUUAUUUGGGCUUCUGGACCGAGUCGGGACCCCUGUAUCCAGCCCCCCAGCCCCCACCUGCAACAGUUUAUCUAGAAGUGAACAGAAUGCGGGGAAAUUGUAACAGGUAGCUGAGAGUGGCUUGCAAAACAUAUCAGAGUAAAGGAUAUCUGGCUAUUAUCUCUCAAGAUUGUUAUUUGUAAACAUUUUUUUCUUAUUGUAAGCUAUAGUUCACACUGUGAAAUACAAACAAAUCUUCGGAAAUGCCUAAAUUCCUGAUUAUUACCAAAUCAGUUUGAUUUAUUGGUAAUUUUACUUGUUUUGUAUUGAGAGUUUGGCAUAGUAUUCUAAUCAGAGUGAUAUUACAUAACAGACAAGGCGCUUGUCAAAUUACACGAGUGAAUGACUAUUGGCCCUUUAGUCCGGCGGGGUUAAAUCGUGACCCACCCCAAAACUGCCCUCAAGUUACCUGCCUUGCAUAUAUACGCCGUAAAACGGCUAAUUGUCGCGUAGGAAACUCUUUGUAUGGAACCGCUUUAGUUCUCAUGGACGGACAAUUAAAUUAUUUUUAUUAUUGACGCUGUAAAGUAUUUUUUUUUUGCUGGUGAAUAUAAACUCAUUGUCAUCGCCAGCGCAAGAUGAAUGUAUCGAACCCAAACUUACUCAGUGUUUGCUAUUUAUAGUUUUAUUAAACUACUGUAAACGGUGGGCAGAACAGGUGCGCUAGUCAGCUCUUUCAUUUCGCAAUAUAAGCACAUUUGAAUAAAAAGAGAUAAAUAAAAACACAACAAACACUAGAAUAGGUAUAACAGCGUGUUGAUGGGCAAGCGCUCCUUCCCGGCACGCAGAUCAUAUUAAUUAAGGGAGCGUCGCGUCUCAGCCUCCGCUGGACUAGAGCGCCGAGGUCCUGGGCGCGAUCCAGAGGCAGCGGAUGAAUUCCGCACGAAGGCGCUGAGGCUCCAGCCUGGCUGACGCCGGGGUUGUGCCGCUGCUCUGGCUGCUUUGCGAGCAGAGGCUCCACACCUCCAGACGCGGACAGCUAAGCGGAGGCGGCUGCGUCUGGUGAAGCACGCAAGAUUUUUCAGGAAUUCCAGUACAUCUUCAGUCACUUUUCAGUCACAGAUUCUCCGGAUUUCCAGGGAAGCGCCGCUCUCCUCUCAGUAGACACACAAACGCCAAGCCCCCCGCCGCCACCCCCCGGGACCAUCACCAUGCACUCCACCACCUCCAUCACCUCCCUGUUCUCCUUCACCAGCCCGGCGGUAAAGCGCCUGCUGGGCUGGAAGCAAGGCGACGAGGAGGAGAAAUGGGCCGAGAAGGCCGUGGACUCCCUGGUGAAGAAGCUGAAGAAGAAGAAGGGGGCCAUGGAGGAGCUGGAGCGCGCCCUCAGCUGCCCGGGGCAGCCCAGCAAGUGCGUGACCAUCCCCCGUUCGCUGGACGGCCGGCUGCAGGUCUCGCACCGCAAAGGCUUGCCGCAUGUCAUUUACUGCCGCGUGUGGCGCUGGCCCGACCUGCAGUCCCACCACGAGCUCAAGGCCCUCGACUGCUGCGAGUUCCCCUUCGGCUCCAAGCAGAAGGAAAUCUGCAUCAACCCCUACCACUACCGGCGCGUGGAGACGCCAGUACUGCCCCCUGUGUUGGUCCCGCGACACAGCGAGUUCAACCCCCAGCACAGCCUGCUGGCCAAGUUCCGCAGCGCCUCCCUCCACAGCGAGCCGCUCAUGCCACAGAACGCCACCUAUCCGGACUCCUUCCCGCCGCACCCUUGCGCCGCCUACUCAUCUUCCCCGGCCGGCUCCCUCACACAGUCUCCCAGCACGAUCAGCUACCCAAACUCGCCAGGGAGUGCGGCUGAGCCGGGGAGCCCUUACCAGGUGACAGCUGAAACACCACCACCACCCUACAGCAUGGCAGAUACGCCCGAGGACGUGAAGCCGAGUGACUCUUCCAACAAACUGGUCUUCUCUGCACCCCACAGAGACCUGCGGCCAGUAUGCUACGAGGAGCCCGAGUACUGGUGCUCGGUAGCGUACUACGAACUCAACAACCGCGUGGGGGAGACUUUCCAGGCCUCGUCGCGGAGCAUCCUGGUGGACGGCUUCACCGACCCCUCCAACAAUAAGAGUCGCUUCUGCCUCGGUCUGCUUUCCAACGUCAACCGCAACUCCACCAUUGAACACACACGCAGGCAUAUUGGCAAAGGUGUGCACCUGUACUACGUGGGAGGUGAGGUCUACGCCGAGUGCCUCAGCGACAGCAGCAUCUUCGUGCAGAGCCGCAACUGCAACUACCAGCACGGCUUCCAUGCCACCACCGUCUGCAAGAUCCCCAGCGGCUGCAGCCUCAAGAUCUUCAACAACCAGCUGUUUGCGCAGCUGCUCUCGCAGUCGGUCAACCACGGCUUCGAGGUGGUCUACGAACUCACCAAGAUGUGCACCAUCCGCAUGAGCUUCGUCAAGGGCUGGGGAGCCGAGUACCACCGGCAGGACGUCACCAGCACCCCCUGCUGGGUGGAGAUCCACCUGCACGGCCCUCUCCAAUGGCUGGACAAAGUUCUUACCCAAAUGGGUUCCCCACACAAUCCCAUCUCCUCUGUGUCUUAACAGUGAAGGUGUGAGCAGUGUGGGGGUCAGAGGUGACCGCAGGAGAAAACGAAGCGAAAGCCGCAGCACGGAUCCUCACGCGCUGCGAUUUCACAUCUUACAAGGGAAAAGGUCACAGUAACUCGUUGGAGAAAUGGUUGCACGACCCUUUUUGGGUCUGCUCAACCAUGUCAGAAACUUAGUGCUUUUCAGGAAGGUUUACUGCACAGACAUCAGGGAUGUCCUUGAACAGGUGACAUCAGGAAGGUCACCGUCAGAACGGUGGAAUUUACACCUAGGCGAUAAUAAGGACAAAUUCUUGGUCGUUUAAUUUCAUCCGCAGCUAACGCAUGCAACAUUUAGCCUAAGCACAUUAGUUAGUUUUUCUGGGAUACUUCACAUAAAGUGGCUUGCUUGGUUUGGUUGUUUUUUUUUAUAUAAACCUUUAUGUAGCUCUUUAGUCCUUUGCUCCCAGAUAUGUUGUAAAAUCUAUUAUUUUUCCAGUGUGUGUGAAUGUGUGUAAAACGCCCAGCUUCACAGCAAAUUGCAGACAGGGUCCCAAGACAUUUUCCCCGUCCUGCUAACGUAGAAAUGCGUUAGCAAAGAUGUCCCUGCAUCGCGUCGCCGCAUCCACAAACUGCUGUCCUUAGAAGAGUUUUAUCUCGGAGGCAGUGCGCUUUGCUUGAUCUGCUUUAUUACAUGGGCACCAACUCCAGACAUUAUGGCUGCUGGUCCUGUAAGAUGGCACUGAGGAGCUGGAGAAGCCAGCAGCUUUCUAAUGGACCGUGGAGGAACAUAAGGAGUUUCAGAAUGCUCGGGCCCUCGGAUCGUGCCAUUUUCCAUGGACAGGUCCGUUCACGGACAAUCGACAGUUUCACUUGAGAUUUGAGGUAUGUUACUGACUAGAAAAAUCCCUAAAAAAAUAAAUCACAGAACUGAGGAAUUUCUCACCCCCCAAACAUAGGACUACCCAUUCAUACUUCUACAGCAUGUCCUGUCCCUCACAUCACGCAAGAACAGUAUAAAAUAGAGAUCUGCUAGCGUUGUUUGUUCUGUUUGCUGUAGCUACUUGUGGUCUGUCUUACACUAAAGCAUUUUAAAGCAAA